GCAGGCAGGAAUCUCCCACACCACAUGUGCCCAUGGUAGAGUUUGCAGGCCGGUGCCUAGAUAGCUGUCCAGAGACUGGUUGUGUUAGGGUCUCUCUAGGCACUUCCCUCACAGGAGUGGCCGGUGAGCUAAAGGAGAGGAUGCCCGCCUGGGCCAAGAUGAAAAAGGAGAGUAGAGGACAGUUAGUUUUGGUAGAUGUAGAGAUUUUCAGAGGUAGAGUAGGGGCCCUAGUAGAUAGUGGGGCCACGCGCAGCUAUAUCAGUAGGAAGGCGCUGCAGAAGUUGCAGUUGGGACCAAAAGUCCAGAAGUUAGCAGACCCCAUGGUAAGUAUCCUCGCAGACAAUCGCACAAUGCGAGUAGAGGAUUACGUAGAGGGAGUCCACGCGUACUUUCGCCUAAAGAAAGAUGGGAAGGUGGAGAAAGUUCUCCAUUCCCUGACUCUCCUCGUAGAGGACAACCUUCCUUUCGACAUAGUCCUAGGAAUGGACUGGGGAGAGGCAGUCGGGGCCACACUCCAUUUGAGAGAGCACGAGUGUAGGCUCCCUAGUCCGUCAGGCGGGGUCAAGACUGCCCGACUGUUUCAUGCGUCAGAAGUAGAUAACUCCCUGGCGCAUUGCUGCCUUAGCGCUCCUGCGUUUGCAAGAUUAGUGAAGAAGGAGCAGCUAGAAGAACAUGUCUUUGUAGCCUAUGUUAGGCCAGUGACUGAGCCCAAAGAGGAGAAACCUAUAGACCCUGCUAUUGCCAAGCUGCUGGAAGAGUUUACAAACUUAGCUAAGCCGCCAACAGGAGUAGUACCGCGGCCAAUCAAACAUCGUAUUGAAAUAGAGCCUGGCAGUAGGACUCCUAAGGGAGCAGUGUUUAGGAUGUCCCCGCGGGAGUUGGAGGAGUUGUGCAAGCAAUUGGAUAAGCUCUUAGAGAAGGGUUGGAUUAGGCCCAGUUCGUCUCCAUUUGGAGCACCUGUUCUGUUUGUCCCCAAGAAGGAAGGAGAGCUCAGAAUGUGUAUAGACUAUAGGGGUCUCAAUGCGAUUACAGUGAAGAAUGCAGAGCCACUGCCCCGUAUAGAUGAUCUUUUAGAUCGGGUGCAGGGGUGCAAGUAUUUUUGGAAGAUAGACCUGAAGCUCGGAUAUCAUCAGAUAGAGGUCCAUCCUGAUGAUCAGUAUAAGACCGCGUUCCGGACUAGAUAUGGGCACUACGAGUUUAUAGUUAUGCCCUUUGGACUAACCAACGCGCCAGCGACUUUUCAGCGCUGUAUGAAUGACUUGUUUAGGCCGUGGUUAGAUAGAUUCGUAGUAGUCUACCUAGAUGACAUUUUAGUGUUCAGUAGGACCCUCCAGGAGCAUGAGGGUUAUCUGAGGCAGGUCUUGGAGAAGCUGAGAGAGGCUAACUUCAAGAUCAACGCGAAGAAGUGCGAAUGGGCAAAGACCCAAGUGUUGUAUUUAGGCCAUGUCUUAGACAGAGACGGCAUCAAACCAGAAGAUAGUAAAAUUGCAAUGAUUAGAGAUUGGCCUACACCCUGCACGUUGACAGAGUUGCGGUCGUUUUUAGGCCUAGCUAACUACUACAGGAAGUUUGUUAGGAACUUCUCCACCAUCGCUGCUCCCCUUCGCAGGUUGUUGAAGAAAGAAACAAUCUGGAAGCGGGAUAAGGACUGCACGUCUGCCAUGAAGAAGUUGAAACAGGCGUUGAUAGAGUACCCAGUCCUUAAGGUAGCCGACCCGUCCUUGCCUUUCGUUGUCACCACUGACGUGAGCCAGUAUGGUAUAGGUGUUGUAUUACAACAAGACGAUGGCAAUGGAUAUAGACCCGUAGAGUUCAUGUCUGCUAGGAUGCCUUCAGAGAAGGUAGUGACAUCUACCUACGAGAGGGAACUCUACGCUCUCAGGCAAGCAUUAGAGCACUGGAAGCACUACUUGCUUGGGAGGCACUUCAAAGUCUACUCAGACCACGAAACGUUAAGGUGGUUAAGGACACAGGCCAAGACGACACCUAAGCUGACUAGGUGGGCCGCGGAACUAGACCAGUAUGAUUUUGAGCUCAAGCCAGUCAAAGGGAAGUAUAAAGUAGUUGCGGACGCUCUGGAGCGAUAGUUCAUUAUCUGGAUAUAGGGAGAGACCUGCAGCAGAAAGUUAGAGAGGUGUACGCGUAGGACACUAUUUAUAGUGACCUCCUCAAGAGAGUAAAGGAGGCCCUAGAGU